AUAUUGACGUGGUAUAUCUUUGUUUAGUAAAUAAUGACUAAUUAUGAUCAAUGUCCGACUGAAAUGAUGGCGAAAAUCAAUAAGAUUUUUAUUAAUGAAACAAAUGAAAUAUAUAAAGUAUAUGAAUGGUUAAUGGAAAGACCCGAUAUAUUAAGUAAUAAAAUACUUAACAAUGGUCUUAUUGAAUGGGGGCGACCAUUUGAAAAAGUGCUGGUCGAUUCUAUGGCAUUUGUAAAUGUAGUCAAAUCUGCUGAGUCAUCGCAAAAUUUAGUCAGCAUUUUGUUGGCAGGUUCGGCCAAUGCUGGCAAGACAGCAUUGGCCGUCAAAUUGGCCUGCGAAUCAAACUUUCAAUUUUUCAGACUAUCUUUGCCCGAAAAUAUUCUCGGCUUAACUGAAACGGCUAAGUGUAUGCAUAUACGAAAAGUUUUUGAAGAGGCAUACAAACGGACAGAAUCGUGUAUACUGGUCGACGACAUAGAAGAUCUAGUAGAGUAUUGCGAUAUUGGAGCCGGUUAUUCAAACCCAGUACUCCAAGCGUUGCGUUUGUUGCUAAAGAAAAAGCCGCCGACGGGUAGGAAAUUAUUGAUAGUGUGUACCACAAGUCGUCGGGAUGCAUUAGAUCAGAUGAAUCUGUUGACAUCGUUUACCACUGUCAUCACUGUACCCAAUCUGACUAAAAGCGAACACUUGGUCCAAGUGUUGUCAAAUCUGACCGAAACCAAUAACAAUGGUAAUUCGGUUUGUUUCGAUGGCAGCGAGAUAUCCUGUAUUGCGAAGACUAUAUUUCAGUGGCCGCUUUCUAUUGGUAUCAAAAAAUUGUUGGCUUUAAUCGACUGGGCCCGACAGAUAGACCCAUCGAUUCGUGUGACGAAAUUCUUGGCCAAACUCGAGAAAGAUAUGGCCAUUAUUUCAGGGGAAUGAUUGCGACAAUUAAUGGAUAUCUGUGUCUAUGUGUGUGUCUGUCUUCAAUUGACUUCACAAUUGUCAUAUUUUUUUACGUCUUGAUAAUGACUUGUUAUAUAUAUACACACACACAAACAGA